AUAUGAUCAUCAUUGGGCAGUGCUCAAGACAGUCGUGUUUUAUAGGCGUUGACUUCUUCUAUCAUUAGACCCACAAAUUAAACUUUUACUUAAUUAUUUUAAAUAAUUAAUUAAAGGCACCAGCCGAUUUUAAUUAAGACAAAGUUACUCGUAAAUAAGCAGCGUCAAUCAUGGCUCUCAGCGAUGCUGAUGUACAGAAACAGAUUAAGCAUAUGAUGGCUUUUAUCGAACAAGAGGCCAACGAAAAAGCUGAAGAAAUUGACGCUAAAGCUGAGGAAGAAUUCAAUAUUGAAAAGGGCCGUCUUGUCCAGCAGCAACGACUCAAGAUUAUGGAGUAUUAUGAGAAGAAGGAGAAACAAGUUGAGCUGCAGAAGAAGAUUCAAUCGUCUAAUAUGCUCAAUCAAGCGAGACUUAAAGUUCUGAAAGUCCGCGAAGAUCAUGUACGAAACUGCCUUGACGAAGCCAGGAAAAGACUGGCCCAGGUUGGUCAAGAUCGACAAAAGUACACGGAAGUCUUGAAACUCCUGAUCAUUCAAGCUCUUUACCAGCUGAUGGAGCACAAUGUCAUGCUGCGCGUCCGUCAAAUGGACGUCCAACUCGUCGAAUCAUUUUUAAACGAGGUCCAAGACAUUUAUAAAGGCGUCUCCAAAAAAGAAGUCAUCAUCAAAGUUGACCAAGACAAUUUCUUGCCUGCCGAGAGCUGCGGUGGAGUUGAUUUGAUCGCAGCCAGAGGCCGUAUUAAGAUCUGCAAUACUAUGGAGUCACGGUUAGAAUUGAUUGCCCAGCAGUUGGUGCCAGAAAUACGGUCAGCCUUAUUCGGGCGCAAUCCAAACCGCAAGUUCACUGAUUAAAUUUUUAAUUAUAAAUCAUAUCUUUAAAAAAAAUAAAAUAUUAAUAAUAAAUAACAAAAGAAAAGUUAAGAAAAAAAAAACAUUCCCUUAUUCGCAAUUGUUAAAAAUAUCUAAAAUGCACACUUUCAACGGGAUUGAAAACUGUAUGCCGAACAAAUUGUCUGCGAAAAUAGCCAGUCGAGGCGAUUAAAUAUAAAUAAAUUUAAAAUAAAAAUAUAUAAUUAUAAUAAUUUAAUUAUUUAAUGUGCGUUCUAAAUAAUAUAAUGGCCUACUGUUUAUUUUGUGGGUGAUUAUUGUUGUUAAUAAAUAUACUAAUCUAAAUAGUAUAAAUUUAUUUUUUUGGCUAAACGCCAGUAUUACUUGUGUUAUAUAUAUAAAUAUAAAUUUUAAAAAUAUUUACUGUUUUAGAAAUAACGUUCUCAAGUACCAGCGUUUAUUCUAUCAUUUCUUUUUCCUUUAACUUUUUUUUUUGUUUAUUUAAAUAACGAAAGAAAAAAAUUGAUUAAUUAAUGAUUUUAUGAACGCACAUUAGUUUUACUCUGAAUGCAAUAAAUUGGAUUGUUAAUUAAUACUUGAAUGUAUUGUAUUUUAACACAAACUUUAAUGAAUUUAAAUUGUCUUGAAUUAUUAUUUUUCUGUGCUAAAUUAUCUGUUGACCGUGUUAAUUAAUAAUUAAUAUUCGUGCGAGUAUCAGACGUAACAUAUAUUAUAUAUAUAUACAAUAAAUAUAUCUAAUUGUAAUUUACAAGUAGUCUAAAUGAAGUAAAUCUCUGUUGGGCAUGUUGAAGAGAAAUUGAAUUUAAAAAUAUAAUAAUUGUGCUAUGAUUAUGAUAUUUCUGUAAAUAUGUAUUUAAUUCGAUGUAUUAUACAACUGUGGCAUAGUAGAAAAAAGUUAAUUCGAAUAUAGAUACAUGUGGAAAAUCCAAAAAAAUUAUUGGUCUUUAUUGUAAUAGAAAAAUAAUUUUACUUUAUUCAAAAAAUUAUUAAUUGUUUUAUGAAA